AAGUUCUUUUAGAUUUCUUGAUGGAUUUCGCUUCAAUAAUGGUGCAAAUUUAGUAUAAUUGUUGAUUAGCUUGAAUUUUGAUUACAUAAUAAUGUGGGUGAAAAUAAACAAGGGUGGGAUUCUGUCAAGGAUUUUGUGUAGCUAAGAACCAAGAAUUUCAUGGGGGCUGAUAUGAUUGCUGCUGAUUUAUCAGAAUAUUAGAAAUUCUAUCCAUUUUGAGCUGUAUUUAUUUCUGGGUAUUUGACCAAAAGAACAAGGACCAGUCACUUUCACAGAGUUUACUAUUCAAAACCAAAACCUUUCAUUUGGGUUUCUGAGAAAUCCACAAAAGGAAGCAAAAUGAAGUUCCAAUUUAUUUUUUCAUUAUAAUUCUCACCUUUAUUAAACCAAAUCUGUUGCAUUCAACUUUCCAGUUCUUGGGUAAAUAGUGAAACCUUUUAGUUCCAUUGCUUUAUGCCUUUUUGCUUUCCUGGGGUUUCAGAUUAGUGGAAGUGUUAACUGGCACAUUGGUCACAAUUAUUGAGCUUUGGGUGAAUAGUGAGUCUCAAACACUAUUUGAUACUGACUUUAUUUUUGGUAUUGGGUUCAUAGGAAAAACAUCAGGAUGCCACUACUUCAUGAGUUCAGGGGUUAUCGUUCUUAAACACGGGGUUAUCGUUCUUCAUGUGACAUAGAACAAGUUCAUAUGUCAUGAAAUAGAUAUUGUUAUUGUGUGUACGUACAAAAGAAUCAAGUGCAUUUUAUAAAAAUUGAAGAAGUGAUAACUCUGUUUUGAUGGAAAGAUCAAAAUGUUUAGCAGUUGUUGAAUGUGUGAUAUUAAACCUCAAAAAUUGAGGAAUUCUUCUCAAAGCUGAAAUUGCUUGGAUGCUCUAAGAGGGUCUCAAGGGAAGGAAAACAAAAUACAAGAUACUAACUCUCAUGGAAGAGAAGCAGUUGAAUUUUAACCGGCCACUUCUAUCUGUGAGACGUUUCUCAGCAAAAACUGUCUCCUCAGAAGCUGAUGACAAAAGGAAGACAGCUAAAUCACAACCAAAACUACCUCCUCUUCCUGCUUACAAGUCAGAACUGAAAUCAGGUCCAGUGAGGAAUCCGGGAACUGUUCCUUUUAUAUGGGAGCAAAUUCCAGGAAGACCCAAGGACGAAAGUAUACCCAAAAAUCAGGAUCUUGAAGGGCCUCUGGUUGCACCAAAGCUUCCACCUGGAAGGGUCUCAAAGGUUAAGAAGCAAGGGUUGGAUAAAGGUUCUAAAGGUACAACAGCUGCUCAAUCCCAAAAUGGGAAUGUGCUUUCCAGUUCUCAAAAUAUUUCAGCCUUGGAGAGAAAAGUAGCUACUAAAGAUGAAAGGUCUAAAGAGGGGAAGGAGGAGAGGACUAGUUCAGAGGAUGGUGAUGAGACCUAUUUAGAUGCACUUGAUGCACUUUCUAGAACUGCAUCAGCCUAUAUGAACUGUAGUGUAAGUGGUUUAAGUGGACUGGAUGAUCCAGAUAUCAUACCCUCGGGAACUUUCUCAACAGAUCCACAGACACGGGAUUUCAUGAUGGGUCGGUUCUUGCCUGCAGCAAAAGCAAUGGCUUCAGAAACACCUCAUAAUGCUCCUAGGAAGCAACCAGUGGCUAGAGAGCAACCUAUUUCCAAAGAGGAACCAAGAAGGGUGAUAAAGGUAGUGACUGGGGAUAAGCGGCAUCAACUUAAUCAAUAUAGGCCACUUUAUGUUCGAGAAAUAGCUGGGGACGCAAGUAAGGAUGAAGGGAUGAGAAUGCCUGUGCAAGUACCCAUUUCUUCUGUUCGUAGAGUGCACGGUAACUCUUCUUAUGCUGGUUCUCACACUGAAGCUAAAGAAAAGCAUGCCGGGAGUGGUGUAUAUAAACAAAGAUUAAUUAGUGGUGAUCAAGAAGCUGGGCUGCAUGAAGAUAACAUUGAUUUGAAAUGUGAAUCCAACCAGACCAGUAACAGAAGUAAUGGUCUGACAUUAGAUGGGUCAUCAGUAAACAGGCGUCUGCAAGGUAGUGGCAUAUCACCCUACCGUAGGCAAUGUUCUCAGUCUAUCCUUCAUGAUGGAAAAUGUUUUCUUGGUAUUCCUGAGAAAGCUAAGAGUUCCAAGGAGACUAGUAGCUCGGAUAAAUAUAGAAAAGGCCACAGGUUUCUGGAAAUAUUGGCUAGUGAGAAUGCUGAAUGGGAAGCGGGUUUAGGAAGUCCUGUGGUUGAGAAGACACUGUAUGUUGAUUCUGUACAGACAGUAAAAUCUUCAAGUUCAAAUUCAUUUUCCUCAGAUAUAAAGGGCGAGGUGAAGGGACUUAUUGAUUACAGACGGAAUGAUUUGGACAUUCCUGAAAGAAGUGGUGAAAUGGAAGAAACUCCAUUGGCAGAGUCUCCAUGUCAAGAUAUUGAACACUUGCGGUAUGUGAAUGAGAAGGCAGUAGUUCAGUUUAAAUGUUUGGACUUAGAAAACUCCAGUUUCCUGUCUUCUUCUGGCAAAUCAACCGGUGAUGUGCAACCAAUCACAAGAAAUGGUUCUCUACAGGAUCAAAAGGAUUGUAACAAACUGGCAAUAUCAAAAGUGGCCAACCAAGAGGCGUUUAAUUUAGAAAGCCAACAGUUGGAGAAUUCAGAUGAUCAAGAAAAUUGCCACGGCCUUACUGAGGAAUGUAUUAGGUUGACAAGCGUGAAUCUGGCUGAUGAGGAGAACACGGAUUUAGAAACCCAACAGCCUAAGACUUCAGGUACUGAUGACAUUUCUCAUGGCCUAGUUCAAAAUUCUAUUACCUUGAUCAGCUCGAAAGUGGCCCGGAAGGGGAAGAUUGAUUUAGAAAGUCAACGUCUUGUGAAACUUGGUAAUCAAGGUAGUUCCCAGGGCAACAAUGCACGAUUACCUCUUGGACCUCCUUUACCAAAAUCACCGUCAGAGUCUUGGCUAAAGCGUACCUUGCCUACCAUUUCCUCCAGGAAUUCAUCUUCACAGUCAUCUCUUGGUUCACGCAUUUAUACCAGCAGUCCGGUUUCUAAGGUAUCCUCUCUCGAUCCCAAGUGGGAGACGAUUGUCAAAACUUCUAAUGUGCAUCACGGGCGUUCGCGGUUCUCUGAGGAACUUCUUACACCUAUACCAGAAGCUUAGAUUGAGGAACUCUUAUGUGAAGCUCACCAGCUUAUUCAUUUGCCUUGGUUGGAUGUCUCUCUUGAUGGGCUUUAAAGGUCUAAAAUUUUCUUUUUCACUUCUUAAAAGAUUUAAAGGUUACUAUAUUCUGAACUUAGAAAACUGUACAUGACAAGCCCAUCUCUGAUGCUGUAAUUUCUUGUAAAUCUCAUCAUAGUUUUUGUUUUUUUGAACUUAAAGUUUGUUACUCUACUGGGAUUCUUGUAUAAAGGAAAGCAAUAGCUGUAUUUUGUUUAUAAAAAGAAAAAUUAAUAAAGGGGAUUUGAUGCUACA